GGUUAGUUACGGGCGCCAUUUUGAGGGACCCGUAGGAGCGUCCAGUCGUCGUUUCAUUUAAAGGGAGCUCUUAGUGAGCGUCAUUAUAUACAUUAUUAUCAUCUAGUGCGUAAUUCGAAUAAACGAGCCAGUAGAGCCGAUAUCAGUGGUAGGAAUCGUGUUGGUUCUGUAACUGUUUCGUGAACUAUACAUUUUGUAAACAAAGCGAGCGAAAGAAUAACGACCGGAGGUCAAACGAGGCCUAGCUAACAAGUAAAGGGGAAACAACGAUCGUUUGGGACCCUCUUCAAAGCAGAACCACUGCACCGAGGCGAUAUAAGGAAACUGUCUGUAUCCAAUUCGUAACAGGCGUAGUCAUCAUAAUAAACUACACAUGGGUGACUCCAACAUGGCAGACGAUUUUGAUAUCGAAGCUAUGCUUGAAGCGCCUUAUAAAAAGGAUGAGAUCAAGUCCAGUAGUGCCAACGGCCAUGAAGAGCGUAGUAAGAAGAAAAAGCGGAGUAGGAGUCGCAGUCGAAGCCGCGACAAACGGAGAAGCAAGAGUCGCGAUCAUAAAAAAAACAAAGAGCAGAAGCGCAGCCGAAGUCGCGAGCGAAAGCGCAGCCGCAGCCGUGAAAGACGGCGUAGUCGCUCUCGGAGCCGGGAGCGCGGCGGCCGAUACAGAGCCCGCAGGAGCCCCUUUUCGGGGCCAAAAUUUAACGGUGGUGCCAGGGGGAAGAUCGGCCCACCACCUGCCAUCAAACUAAGCCGGAGACGUUCCAGGAGCAGAAGCCCCUUCAGGAAAGAUAAGAGUCCAAUACGGGAGCCAAUUGACAACCUCACCCCAGAAGAGAGGGAUGCGCGCACAGUUUUCUGCAUGCAGCUGGCUGCACGGAUUAGACCUCGUGACCUGGAGGAGUUCUUCUCUGCUGUUGGGAAAGUGAGAGAUGUGAGGAUGAUUUCUGACCGCAACUCCAGAAGAUCAAAGGGGAUUGCUUAUAUUGAAUUUGUUGAAGCUAAUUCUGUACCUCUGGCGAUUGGUCUGACUGGCCAGAAGCUCCUGGGGGUGCCUAUCAUCGUGCAGGCAUCACAGGCUGAGAAGAACCGGGCUGCUGCGAUGUCCAACAACCUGCAGAAGGGUAACGCCGGGCCCAUGAGGCUUUAUGUGGGCUCCUUGCAUUUCAAUAUCACAGAAGACAUGCUGCGGGGGAUCUUCGAGCCUUUUGGUCGGAUCGAGAGCAUCCAGCUGAUGAUGGACAGUGAAACUGGAAGAUCCAAGGGAUAUGGAUUUAUCACUUUUGCAGAUGCUGAAUGUGCUAAAAAGGCUUUAGAACAGUUGAAUGGCUUCGAGUUGGCUGGCCGACCAAUGAAAGUGGGUCAUGUGACUGAACGUACUGAUGCGUCAACUGCCAGCUCCUUCCUGGACAGCGAUGAGCUUGAGAGGACUGGUAUUGACCUGGGAACCACUGGGCGCCUGCAACUGAUGGCCAGACUAGCUGAAGGUACAGGCUUACAGAUUCCUCCAGCUGCCCAGCAGGCCCUGCAGAUGAGUGGCUCUAUUCCAUUUGGUGCCAUGGCGUCUGUAUCUGAUUUGCAAGCAAGGUUGACUCAACCCACUGAAGCUGCCAUCAACCCGGCACUGAACAUAAACCUGAACCUGAAUGUGAACACUGCUCUGAACCUGCCAACACAGCCACUGGCCACGCAGUGCUUCCAGCUUUCCAACAUGUUCAACCCUCAGUCUGAAGAUGAACCAGGCUGGGACAUUGAAAUUCAAGAUGAUGUCAUCGAAGAAUGCAACAAACAUGGUGGGGUUGUACAUGUUUACGUCGACAAGAAUUCAUCUCAAGGUAAUGUGUAUGUGAAAUGCCCCACCAUCCCCGCUGCCAUGGCGGCUGUGAAUGCUUUACACGGCAGAUGGUUUGCAGGAAAUAUGAUAACGGCAGCCUAUGUUCCUCUGCCAACCUACCACAAUCUCUUCCCAGACUCUGUGGUGGCUACUCAGCUCCUGAUGCCGGCUCGGCGAUGAUUUGGCAAAGUGAGGCAUUGUUUGUACUGUAUAUAAAUAUACCCCCAUCCUUUUUUCGACAGUUGGGCUUUUACUGAGCUUGGAUCAGCUUUCAAGUUCUGAGUAGCAAAUAACGGCAAUUUUUCUCCAUAGUUUUUACUAACAGGAGAAUUUUGGCCUUCCUUUCCCACUCAGCCUGUGUCCUGUUUUGUGGAGAUUUUCUAAUUUUUGGCAGAAGCCAGGCUUAAUUUGCAACUACAUCAAAGAUAAACAUUGUGAGGUUUUGACUUGUAUAAUAAAGGCACAGUAGUUUUAAGUAUUCCUCGUCUGUUCUUGCCAUUGACAGUUUUGACAUUGCUUGUAAAUUUGUUGUACAUACAGUUGUCUUGUGCUUUUCAGCUUUGGCAUUUCCCCCCCUCUUCUCCCCGCCCCCCCUCACAACUUGUGCUCAAUAAAUAAAAAAAAAAAAAGAGGAGCGAGAACAUUGUAAUUUGUUGUCCAUCUGAAUAUUCAAUGUUUAAGCUCUAUGAGCUCGAAUCUUUAGUGACGAUUUAUUUGUGCUCAUUCAAAAACCACUUGGUAUUUCUAAAUCUUUUGUAAUCAAGGUUUGAUUUUUGUAAAGAACUUGAUUAAAAUUUAUUUCAAAUAAAGUU